UGAGGCAGAGGCCAGCAAGGUGAGCUGAGUCCAGUCUACACUCAACUGGGAUAAGCAGAGACAGACACUAACAACACGAGGCGGGCGGGACUCCACAAAUUUAGCUGCAACUCCGAAAAAGAAGUGUUACUUUUCUUUUAUAAUUUUGACAGGAUUCAGUUUCUGCGAUAGCUGUCAGUUUCUCCCACAGUGAAGUGAAUUUCUGCAGCCACAAUGAUGACUUCUUUGCUGUUAUUUGCUCUGCUGUCUGUCUGCUGGGCUGAUUCUCAAUUUAACCUGAACUCUACAGAGUCAAAAUACUUCAGGACAGUCUACAUUGCAGAUAAAGGAUCACGACUAGGCAUAAGAAUAGAACAGCCUAAAGUUGUCUCAUUCCGAGGUAGCAAUGCCACUCUGCCCUGUAAGUUCUAUUACAAACCUGUGCCUGUGCGUGCAGUUCAACCUCCUCUUAAGGUCAGGAUCAAGUGGACCAAACUCACUUCCGACUACCUCAAGGAAAUUGAUGUAUUUGUUUCAUUGGGAAAUAACUGGAAAAGUUUUGGAAGCUAUCAGGGAAGAGUUUUUCUAGAAAAUGAGAAUGAUGCCUCCAUAACAAUAACAGAUUUAACAUUGGAGGACUACGGGAACUACAAAUGUGAAAUAAUUGAAGGAUUAGAUGAUGUCACCGGGACUGUUCUGCUGGAUUUGCAAGGUGUUGUGUUCCCAUACUUCCCACGGCUAGGUCGCUACAACCUGAAUUUUGCUGAGGCUCAGAAGGCUUGUGAAGAUCAGGAUGCAAUAGUUGCUUCAUUUGAGCAACUUUAUGAUGCAUGGAGAGCAGGGAUGGAUUGGUGUAAUGCAGGAUGGCUGAGUGAUGGGUCUGUGCAGUAUCCCAUCAUUAAACCCAGGGAGCCAUGUGGAGGGAGAAAUACAGUUCCGGGUAUUAGAAGCUACGGAUACAGAGACAAGAUGAAAGACAAAUAUGAUGUGUUCUGCUUCACAUCCCACUUCAAAGGGCGCUUCUACUAUCUGAUUCACUUUAAAAAGCUGACCUACGGUGAGGCUGUGCAAGCCUGUAUUAAAGAUGGAUCAAGGAUUGCUAAUGUCGGUCAGAUGUAUGCAGCUUGGAAGUUACUGGGCUAUGACCGCUGUGACGCAGGCUGGCUAGCUGAUGGCAGUGUUCGUUAUCCAAUCAGCAGACCCCGAAAGAGGUGCAGUGAAAGUGAAGCAGCUGUGCGCUUUGCUGGAUUCCCAGACAAGAAACAUCGGCUAUAUGGUGUCUACUGCUUCAGAAGCAAUUGAUAAUUCAUAUAAAAGCUUAGAUGGAGACAAGUGUUAUUUUAAUUCUGCACAUGUGAAGGAUGUACUUUCAAUGAUAUGAACUCAAAAUAUGUUACCAAAACUGUGAUAAAAAUAUUUUUACUUACUGUACAAUGCCAUUUUCAUACAAGCCAAAACAUUUUUUUCUUUAUAGUAAUGUAUCAUACAAUCAUUAAAUCUUAAAAAUAAUAUAAUUUUUAUAGGACUCUAUACCAAGGAUUAGCACCAUUUUGCUUCUUUUUAAAGUAGCAGUUAGAAAAAUUUAGAAAGGACAUUGCUCUGGCUGUAUCUAACAGAUAGAAAAUUCAGGAAUGGGUGGGACAUGCCAUAAACAGAUCUUAUUUAAAGUUGUACGGCCAUUCAUUUGCAAAAUGGGCAUUUCUCAGGCAAUCUUUCAAUUUUUUAUGUCAAAUAUACAAGCGUUCAGAUUCAUCCUUUCAACUUUCUGAACUAUACUGCAUUUCUGACUCUCCAGCAAUUGAACAAAAUAUUGAAGAAACUUGAUGCUAGACUCUAAAGUCCUGCAGCAUAUUAUUAUUUGUCAAGUAAUUAUUGUAUUUGAUUAGGCUACCAUUUAUUUUCAUACUUUUGCAAAACCAUUAGAUAGUGAACAAUUUGGAAAAACCCGGCACCAUUUUAAUUUUCAUAGAUUUGUGUGAUUUUCCAGACUUGAUGAAUCUGCUAGUUUUAUCCCCGACCUGCAAUAGUGAUUAUCAUUUCAGAGAAAGUUUAAAAGCUUUGACAUUGGACCACUUUUUCCAAUGGUGUUCAGUGGCUUUGCACCACAUUUGGUAACAUUUUAAAGUCAGUAUUUUGUACUGUGUUGUACUAAUAUACUAAUUUGAACAAGAAAAACAUUUACUUUCUAACAAUCUAAUAUUUUACCUGCUUUUUUUUUUGUUACCUGAACAUAAGCUUUUCCAAGUCUUUUAAAUAAAUCCUAAAACCCUAGAAGAGGAUAAAGGAAAAGAAUGACUAUAUUAUUGUGAUGUAAAAUGGUUACAGGAUUCUACAAUCCUCAUUGAACCCUCAGCAAAAUCUUAAAAUCUGCAAAACUAAGUUUGAGUUUGUAAAUCCAAAAAAAAUGGUGCUAUCACAGUUUAGUUCAAGAAAAAGAUGAUGAAGCCAAGCCAAACAUGUAUUUUGUUUUGUCUAUUUAUACAUUUUUUCAAUAUAUUAUUGUAGCUUAAUUUCCAUAUUUUUGUGGCAAGCAGGACUAUUUGAUGCACACAUCUCUCUCUCUGAACAAAUAGGUCUGGUUAUUGUGCUGAAUAAUGAAUUGUCUGAAGAAAUGCAACAUCUUCUUAGGCCUUUUCAUGUCUUCAAAAUCUACUGAAGGUCACCAUUAUAUUUAAGAAGACUGUAUUUAAUUGUGACACAACUAAAAGGGGGAGCCUCCCUGCACAUGCACAGAUGCUGUGUCAGUAUCAGUGUCAGAACCUGUGACUAUGUUAAGUGAGAGAUGCUUUUUGUUUUCUUCUUCUUUAUUUUAUUCAUGGAAUGUAACCAUGACUGGCUAGGCCAGCAUUUAUUGCAUGUCCCUUUUGCCCUGUGGAAGGUGGUGGUCAACUGCCUUCUGGAAUUGCUGCGGUACUUGGGAUGCAGGGACAUGCUCUGUGCUGCCAUGAAGGGAGUUCCAGGAUUUUGACACGGGACUGUAAAUGAUAAGCAAUAUAUUUCCAAGCCAACGUGGUGUUUAGCUUGGCAAAAAACUUGCAGAUGAUGGUACUCCCAUGAAUCUGCUGCCCUUAUCCUUCUUAGUAGUAGUCAUUGUGGAUUUGGAAGGUGCUGUCCAAUGAGCCUUUGUGAACUGUUGCAGUGCAUUUGUGGCUGGUGCAUACCGUUACUACUAUGCAUUGGCAGUGGAGGGAGUAAAUUUUGAUGGUGUUAGGUGGAGUGUCAGUUAAUUGGACUGUUUUAUCCUGAAGGAUGUUGAGCUUUUUGGAUGUUGUUGUGGCUGCAGCCAUCCAGACAAGUGGAGAGUAUUCCAUCGCACUCAUGACUUAUGUCUUGUAGACAGUGGACAGGUUUUCAGCAGUCUGAACCUGAGGUUCUUAUUGCAUAAUUCCUGGUGCCUAACUUAAUUUUAUAGCUACAGUAUUUACAUGGAUAGGCCAGUUCAGUUUCUGGGCAUGGUAAUACUUAGGAUGUUGAUGGUAGGGGAUUCA